AUGAUCAAGCCAGGCAUGGAGCCCCCUCCUGGGAAGGAGUCCAACUUUGACAAUCCCGACCGCGAGAUGUUCUACAUCUGCAUUGUUUCCAACGUGAUUGCCAUGUCGGUUUGCUCCAUAUUCGUUGGUCUUCGGUUGUGGGCCCGUUACAGGCUGUCCAUGAGACUUCGACGAGAUGACAUUGCUUGUGUGAUCGGAUAUAUCGGCUUUAUGGGAUACUGCACUAUAUGCCUUACAAUGUUGAGAUAUGGCGGAGGCUUGCAUCAGUGGGAAGUCCCUGAAGAUCUCAUCCCUCAAUACAGUCAGACCGUCUACGCGACAAUGGUCAACUACGGCCCAACAGUUUUCGCCAUCAAAGCAGCUAUUCUUCUUUUCCUUGCCAGCAUCUUCGCUCCUUACAAGACCUACGUCAAAUGGAUCUACGGCUUCCUUUUCGUCAUGGCCAUUUACUACGUCGUGAUGCUAUUUCUAAAGAUGUUCAUCUGCCGUCCCAUUUCCAUGUUUUGGGGCGCUACCACAGAUGGACAAUGCUUCAACCAGCGCGUUCUCAUUCUUGUCGAUAACAUCAUCAGUCUUCUCAGCGACAUUGUUGUUCUUCUUCUGCCUUGUCCGCUGACUAAAAAGCUCCAGGUGGGCCUGGUAGCUAAGCUCAAGAUCGCCGCUAUCUUUGGAGUCGGGGGUAUCGCUUGCAUCUUUAGUCUUGUUAGGCUGGUCUUCAUCAUCAAGAACGGGGAAAGCCUGGACCAGACUUAUGUCUUUGUGCAAAUCAAUCUUACCGGAAUCGCCGAGUGUGGCAUCGGAAUUGUCUGUGCGUGCUUCCCGUUCAUGCCCAUGCUGUGGAAGUCGAUCCUCCAUAAGGACAAGCCCGGCUACUCGUCCAACUACUCCAAGUCACAGUUCGAAAUGAUGGGCUCGUCGCACAAACGAUCCCGCAACGCAAGCCAGACUCCGCAAAGCGUCCACUACAAUGAGGAGUUAGGGAGUGACGAGAAUAUCCUCAUCCCGGCUGGUAAGGCAUACGUUACCACUCAGGUGCGUGGUGGAGAUGAUGGCGCAGAGGGAGGUAGCGUGAGUGAAGGAAACAGGGACUUUGGGGCAAAUCUUGAUGACUCUCAUAUUCUGCGAACGGUUGAAGUGCGACACACUUAUGAGUAG